AUGCGGAGUCUGAAGAAGAGCAGUGGGGGUAGGGAGUUAGGCUCAGAAAACGGUGCUGAUGCUUUGGACGGCAUCACUCAGAUGAAGCAGGUGUUUUCUUCCUCCACCUUGUCUGGACUGUCCAACAGAAUAAUUCUGGAAGAUCCCACCACGGCAGGCCUGCUUUGUCAUGCCCACAGGAGGUGCCCCUGCUGCUGCUUUGGCCUGCCAGUGUCUGUGCUGAAGUCAAAGGCCCUGAGGAUAGAGAGUACCUACGUCUGUCCCAGAGUCUCUGCUGACACCAGUCGUCCCAGCACCCCCGUGUUCCUCAAGUCCUCAGAGAACGCAGCUCCGCUCGUGCCAGGACAUAGACAUGAGUGUCACGAAGAGGACAGUCAGGCGGAUAGUCAGAGGCACGGGCACCAAGCUUGUACCUUGAAUCAGCUCUCGGCACCACCAGCUUGGCUUAGUGCCCGACCCAACACAUUGCUGAUGACACAAGCCGAUACCUGCUUGACCUUUGGCGAUGGAAUCUCCACGUUGGGUCUUUAUAGCUGCCACCGUGUGGAGUACCUACCCUGUGCCAGGCGUUACCAAGGUCUAGUGAUCCUCCACUGUGUCGUGGCAGAUGGGAAUGCAACCAGAAGUCCUGAAAGGGAUGGCCUUCUCUGUGGAGAUCCUGGGGAAAACUGCGCAGCUACCACCAUGCAAUCGAAGCGGAAAGGCCACUUCUCUCGGUGCCCCAAGCAAUACAAGCACUACUGCAUCAAAGGGAGAUGUCGCUUCGUGGUGGCCGAGCAGACGCCCUCCUGCGUCUGUGAUGAAGGCUACACUGGGGCAAGAUGUGAGCGAGUUGACUUGUUUUACCUCAGAGGAGAUAGAGGGCAGAUUUUGGUGAUUUGUCUGAUAGUAGUUAUGGUGAUUUUUAUCAUCUUGGUGGUCGGUGUCUGCACAUGCUGUCACCCUCUUCGGAGGCGUCGCAAAAGAAGAAAGAAGGAGGAAGAAAUGGAAACUCUUGGUAAAGAUAUAACUCCAAUAAAUGAAGAUAUUCAAGAAACUAGUAUUGCUUAG